AGUAUGACGGCAUGAAAGGCAGUAAGGGUCUUUACUUGGCCAUUCUCGGCAGAGUGUUUGAUGUUUCUAAAGGGAGAAAACACUAUGGUCCAGGAGGAGGGUAUCAUUUUUUCACAGGCAGAGAUGCCAGCCGAGCGUUCGUCACUGGAAACUUCAAACCUGAUGGUCUAACAGACGAUGUCAGCAAAUUAACUCCACAGGAUAUCCUGGGCCUGGAAGAGUGGAUACAGUUCUAUGAAAAAGAUUACAAAUAUGUUGGAAAAGUUUCUGGAAGGUUUUACACAAAGGACGGGAAGCCAACCAAAGCCUGGCUGAAUUAUGAAGCUGAUCUGAAGCAUGCAAAGAAGAUGAAGAGUAAGGAAGAGGCGGACUCUGCGCGCUUCCCUCCCUGUAACUCGGAGUGGAAACAGGAUGUUGGGGGAAGGGUAUGGUGCUCUAAAAUGAGUGGUGGAAUUUCACGAGACUGGGUAGGUGUACCACGGAUGUAUCAUCAGCCAGGAAAGAACAACGCACGCUGCGCCUGCGUCCGGAACACAGGCCCCCCUUCUGAUGCCAAGCCUAACUCUGCUCACAGUAACCGUGGAGACCUAGACAACCCAAACAUGAAAGAAUAUGCAAAUUGCCGAGUGGACUCUGAAUCCUGUCCCAUAGCUGACAACUAACGUUUUUGUGACUCAAUACUUCACUGUUUGUGACUCAAUACAACACUGUUUAUUGAUUCGCUCUUAUCAGGGUGUAAAUUUUUCAAAAUUUUUCUUUUCAAAGAAGAAUGUGUUACUCCUCAGCCCUUUAGUGUUAAAGAAUAUUGUCGUGGCCAUGUCCAUCUCUCUGUCUCUCUGUCUGUUCAUCCCCAAUUUUCUGAACCCACUCAUAGAAAAUUCAUGAACACUUGCCGACGUGAUCAUUGGGACCCGUACAUGUGGCUUUUGGCCAUUUCAGAUAUCUUGUAUUAAUUUUGCAUAUUAAUCAACUUAAUUUGCAUAAAUUUGCCCUUGACUUUGUGACUUCUAUAUAUCUGAACAUAUUCAAGGGGAAUUCCUGAACUUUUGCUGACGUGAUCAUUGAGACUUAUGCAUGUACCUUUUGCCCAUUUAGGUCUAUCCUUGGUUCAAUUGGUGUAUUAUUCGGCUUCUUUUUAACAUGUAUAACUUGAAGAUGUUUGUCACAGUUAUGUCCUUAAAACCUUUUAAAAUGAAAUUCAUGAAGUUUUGCAUUGAUGGUCAUUGUGACUCAUAUGUGAACUUUUUGGCCUUAUCAGUUCAUAUACUUAAUUUAAUGUUAUACAUUGAUUCACAUAUUAAUUUACAUAUUAAUCUGCCUAAUUUCCAUAGGUACUGUAAGCAUCAUAUCUGUGAUCGGAUUGGAAGAUCGGAGUUUUCAAAUUGUAUGAAUGCUCAUCUAAAGAUGCAUCAAAUAUGCAGGGUUGAGGAGAGCUGCAGUUCUGCUGCUGUUUGUUCCUUUUGUCCCAAAAUAAUCUUUUUUUUUCUCAGUCUGGUUACAAAGAUUUAAUCAUUGCUUUCAGCACAGAGUUGUCUCCUCUUGGACUGACACAGACACAAGACAUCAUAAACCAUGUAUUCAUGUUAAAUUCUAGAAUUUACAGAUUGCAGUGACAGUACUGAGCAAAACAUAAGUUAACUACAUGUAUUAAGCAUUUGUUGUUCAAUACGGUAAAGAUCAUUGAGUCAUACCAACAACAGCAACAGCAAAAUAACAUGCCUGUAUUAACAAUAGCUGAAUCCUUUUGUCCCGUUUGAGAUAUACCACUGUUUGCAUAAGGGGACACCAGUUUUGAUUAGUAUUUUAUGGCAGAACAAACGCUAAAAGAGCCAAAAAUGGAAUUAAGUGAAAAAUUUAUUUUAUUUUUAUUGCCUUCAACAGAAAAAAGUGCCCAGAUAAUCCACAUUUCCUUAAAAUUAAAUGAUUUUUAUGUUUUUUUAUCUUUAUACUCUCCUUUGACAAAAAUAUUUGUUCUGGCGUAAAACAACAAUUAAAAUUUGUGUGGCUUAAAGACAGGCCUCAGAAUAUGAACGCUUUCUCUUCAGCAAAGUUGGGGAUAGGUGAGCUCUUAAAGGACAAGACAGCACCUGACUAAAACAUACUCAGAAGAAAGCAGGAUAUUCAAGCUUUUUAACCGGCCCAGAUAGCACAGUUGGUAGAGCGUCCGUUUGGCAGCAGUAGAUCCAGGAUCAAUCCUGGGUCGAGUCACACCUAAGACUUUAAGGUCACAUUGCCAAGAUGAUGGAAGAAUUAGUUAAUAUAAAGUCAUUCGUCAUGGCCCAUUAUAAACUUGAUCAUGCAAUAUUCCUGAACUCGAUCAACAUUUCUAAACUUGAUCAGAUUUGUGUUGUACGGUUGCUGUGAUACGUUUUAUGCAUAGCUUUUGUACCAUUACCAUUAUGGUGAUAUUGUGUUAACACCCACAAGUCAAAAUGCUUUAUGCUUCAUGAUGUGGAUUUCGUUAACAAAAUUAAUAUAUUUUUAGCAGUGAAUUCUCUUUAUUGUGCUGAAGUACAUGUUCAAAUGUAAAUGUAAAUAAUUACAUGCUUGCAUAUCAACAUUUACAAACACAUUGGGAACAAAAGGUUUAAACAUCUUACAAUUGUUUUAUUUUGCUGCAUGUCACAAAAUUUGUCUUGUUGUGUGUGUUUCUCUUUUCUGUGGGUGGGUGGGGCUGCGUUGUUCUCUGUACACUGUCCAGCACCCAUAAAUCACAUUGACCCAUGUCUUCCAAACAAACGGAAAACGCCUAGGAUGAACAGAGCUCUAAGAAUCAGGCAAAAUGAGGAGCUUAGUCAUAGAUCCAAUUUUUGAUCAAAUACAGCACCACUAACACAAAGCAGUCAUGUGGUUUGGUGCUACAGACAUGCAUUUAUUGAGAAUAAAAGAGUUAUAUGUAAUUUGAAGCUGUUAUAAAAUGUCCGAGACCAUGUGUACUGUUUUCCUUGGUUCAGAUUGAAGUCAAAGUUGUGGUACCAUUUGAUAUAUCAUCAUUAACAUGCAGUGGAAAUGGAUGUGUCAGAAUGGUACUGCUUUUUUUUUGGAAGAGAAGGGUUGAAGGGGGGUAUAUUUAAUAAAGCACAACAGAGCAUGCGGGUACAGGAAUUUAGCCUAGUUUAAACUUGUUUUUAAAGCAUUUUUCUUUAAUUUAACUCUAAAUGUUAACUGAACUUCUUAGGGCCUGUAUGGUCUUGAGCUCAAUAUGCUUGUAUUAUGUGAAACAAAAUAGGCCAUUAAUAAUUAUCUGAACAGGAAAUAUUUGUAAAGUAAAAGAAAAAAGGUUAGUUCCUCUGGCAGGAUGAAGAUAUGGUUUUGUCUUGUAUUGAUAUAGGGCAGCCUUUAUGUCUGUUCUUCCAUAACUUUGUAAAUGUCGUUGGGGUUGUGGUUGGUUGAAGAUUUUUCAUAAUAAAAUUUUUUUAUAUAUUUACUUCUGUUUCUUGUCAGAUGUUUGGAAUAGGUCUCAAGUAGUACCAGUGUUCAGUCAAAUUUACAACAUUUUGUACGAUUGGAGUGUCAGUCAGUUAUCC